CUUCGACGGCCGCUUAGAGUCAUUCAGAAAUGGGGUCUGACUCCGAAGUCAAAUAUUUUCUCGAUUGUAAUUUCAGUCGAUUUUGUUCCUGAAUGAAGCACUGCAGCGAGUGAAUCGAGAUCUCUUCUUCUGUGAAUGUCUCUAUGCAGUAGCGGGGUCUAAUCUGCUUAUCUUCUCUAUUUUCACCGACAAAAAGUCGGGGUCCCCGCAGUUGCAACGAUGUCCGAUUCACAGUCCGGGGUAGAAACGCAGGGAAUCGCCCACUGUGUCAAUUCAGAUAAACCUGAAGAAGCUGCAAUUACAUCGGACUCUGAAUAUCAACAUGAGAAAUCUAUUUCAGAGCCGACACUUGUCGUUCCGUUAUCAAGUCAUCCCCCACCACCAAAUGGAGGUAUCGUGGCCUGGCGUCAAGUCCUCGCAGGCCACCUCGUUGUAUUCAACACCUGGGGAUAUGCCAAUAGUUUCGGGAUAUUCCAGGCCUACUACUCGUCAUGGCUCUCUCUUCCCGCGUCCACUAUCUCCUGGAUCGGCAGCAUCCAGCUCUUCUUGAUAUUUCUCAUCGGCUCUGUUUCGGGAUCCGCCUUGGACAAAGGAUAUUACCGCUGGGUGCUAAUAUCCGGAAGCAUAUUACAGGUGCUCGGUAUAUUCAUGACGAGCCUCUGCACGCGAUACUGGCAGCUAUUUCUCGCGCAGGGCAUAUGUCAGGGCCUGGGAAAUGGCCUCAUCUUCUGUCCGACAAUUGCGUUGGUUUCGACCUACUUCACGACAAAACGGACCAUUGCUAUCUCGUCAGCUGCGAGCGGCGCCGCAACUGGGGGAAUUGUCUUUCCCCUGAUCGCACAACAGCUGUUGCCUCGCAUUGGCUUCCCCUGGACAGUUCGUAUCAUGGCGUUUGUAGUCCUCUUUAAUACCGCGGUGGUGGUAUCUACCAUCCAAACACGGAUUCCACCACGCAAGACUGGCAAGCUCAUCGACCUUGCAGCCUUCAAGGAGUUGCCUUAUCUACUCUUUACAAUCGGCAUGUUCUUCACACUAUGGGCUACGUAUUUUGCUUAUUACUACGUUCGCCCAUAUGCACUCGAUAUCCUGCACGUAUCACAAACUACAUCCUUCCAUAUCCUCCUUAUUUUCAACGCUGUCGGAAUCCCCGGUCGCGUGAUCCCUGCUCUCCUUGCAGAUCGCUACUUCAGCGCGAUUACAGUCCUCAUUCCAGUCGUCUUCCUCUCCGCUGUAUGUCUCUACGCAUGGCAGUCUGUACGAGCCCUUGCACCUGACCUAGUCUGGAUCGUGUUCCUUGGUCUCUUCGCUGCCGGGAUCCAGGGUCUCUUCCCGUCAACUCUGGCCAGUUUGACGAAAGACCUGAGUAAAAGCGGCACCAGGAUCGGUAUGGUGUUUACGAUUAUUAGCGUUCCAUGUCUGACAGGACCGCCGUUGGCAGGUAAGUUGAUUCUAGCCGGCGGUGGUAAUUAUAUUGGGGCACAAAUAUGGGGAGGUACGUGUUUGCUUUUGGGGGGUUCGAUCCUGGUUGCGGCGAGAGGAGCGAGCGUGGGAUGGCGGUGGAAAGGUUGCUGAGAAGUAAUGUAUAUAGAAGUUGUAUAUAGUGUUGUAUAUAGAUGAUAUGGAUAGAAUCGACCCAUUCGAUGAAACAGAUCAGC